GGCAAUUCAUUUCCAAGAUGGCCACCAACGUCAAGUAAACAUGCGACUAAAGUUGGCCGUGCUCGUUGCAGACAUUGCAUCUAUUUAACAUUGUAUGCGCGCUAAUAAUUAAUAUUGUAUAUUUAGUGGUUUUACUUUUGAUAUUUUAUUACCGAUCGGGAAGUCAUACCGUUGCUAUUUUUUUAACCUUGCAUUAUCGUGCUAACGUCAACGAGGCAGAAGAGAGCAAGCAUGGCAACUCGUACGCUGUUUAUCAAGGGGUUGCCGGCGUCAGCUUCGAAUGAACGCCUGGAGGGAAUUUUCUCCGAGAUUGGUCCUGUCAAGCAGUGCUUCGUGGUCAAAGAGAAAGGUGCAGAAACAUGUCGAGGAUUUGGCUAUGUGACGUAUGCCAUGGAGAACGAUGCACAGCAAGCGUUGAAAGACAUAAAAGAUUACGAUGGAAAGAAGCUUUUUGUUUCGGUGGCCAAGAAGAAAUUGAAGGACAAACGGGACGAAAAGAAAAAAGUUGCAAAAGAGCCAGAUGCGGCAGCGCCAGCAGCGCCAGCAGUGCCAGCAGUGCCAGCAGUGCCACAGCCACCAAAGGCAACUGAGGAAAACUUUAAAAACAUCAGGAAAACAAUCCUGAAAGCUCGACUCAUUAUUAGGAAUCUCAGUUUUAAGUGCUCUGAGAAAGAUCUCAAGCAGGUUUUCGGUGAAUUUGGAGAAGUGCUUGAAGCCAAAAUACCUCUCAAGCCUGAUGGUAAGAUGCGGGGCUUUGCAUUCGUCCAGUUCAAAAAUGUGUCCAUGGCAUCCAAAGCGCUUCAAGCUAUGAACCUGAAGGAAAUUAAAGGCCGCCAAGUGGCUGUCGAUUGGGCUGUGCCAAAAGACAAGUAUGUUGCUAUGCAGGGGACAUCCACUAAAGAGACUACAACGAACAAAGAGGCUGGCGCUGAAGACAAGGAAGAGGAAAAGCAACAACCAGUCAACAAGAACGUCAAUACAAAAACAUCUGCAUCACAGAGCAAGGAGUUAAUGUCAGAUGAUGACGAUGGUGAUGACGAUGGUGAAGACGAUGAAGAUGAUGAAGAUGAAGAAGAUGAAGAAGAAGAAGAUAGUGAGGUGGAGGAUGAAAUAGAUUACGAGUCCCAGGAGGACGAUUCGGAUGAGGAUGAAGAUGAGGAUGAUUCGGAUGAGGAUGAAGAUGAGAAUGAUGAGGAUGAGCGCAAUGGCCACCAAUCAGCUCAAAAGAAGUCUAAGACAACACUUCCCUCAGAUGUGGGGCAAGGCAGAACCAUUUUCAUCAGAAACUUGUCAUUUGAUACUGAAGAAGAAAACCUGGAGGAACUUCUGCUCCAGUAUGGGGAAAUCAACUACAUCAAGAUUGUUUGCCAUUCAGACACGGGCCAUUCGAAAGGUUGUGCCUUCGCUCAGUUCAAAGCCAAAGAGGCGGCGGACAGAUGCAUCGACGCAGCGCAAGAUACAGCAGAAGACGGUGGAAUUCGACUGGACGGGAGGAAGCUGCUGAUCGUGGCCGCUGUGAGCAGAGAUGACGCUGCCAAGCUGAAGGACAAAAAGGUCAAAGUGCAAAAAGGCACCAGGAACUUGUAUCUGGCCAGAGAAGGAUUGAUCCGUGCCGGAAGCAAGGUGGCCGAGGGUGUGUCCGAAGCAGACAUGAUCAAGCGAGCCAGAUUUGAAGAUAUAAAAAGGGCCAAGCUGAGGGACAUGAGCGUGUUUGUCUCCAAGAAUCGUCUGUGCGUCCACAACCUACCAAAAUCUGUAGACAACAAGAAGCUGCGCGCACUCUGCCUGCAGGGGUUCGCCAGCGUCAAAGGCGUCAGGAUACCAGAGUGUCGCGUCAUGUAUGACAGGAAGCCCGAGAAAGGUCAGGUGACGGGCAAGUCUCUGGGCUAUGGCUUCGUCCAGUUUCAAGACCACGAGCACGCUCUGUCCACGCUGCGCUACCUCAACAACAACCCCAACAUCUUUGGCGGACUCAAGAGACCUAUUGUGGAGUUCUCCCUGGAAGAUACCCGCAAGCUCAAGCUCAAAGAAAUGCGCCAGCAAAAAAGCAAGGAACAGAAUUUCAGACAACAGGGUGGACAAGGCAAAAUGACACCUCAGGCGAACAGAGACUGGAAAGGAACCAAACAAGGGUCGGCAUCAGCUCCUCACAACAAACCAAAACCCAACCCGCACUGCGGUUUCUUGACCAAGCCCGAAGUGGAGCACGUGGAACUGGAGAACGGAAAGAAGCGGAGGAAAGUGCUGCCCUUCUCGACCCACCGAGGACCCAAGAUCAGAGCGCGUGACAAAGGGAAGCAGAGGGCUCCGCCUCCCAAGAAAGCUCAGCAUGGAGUCAGUAGAAAAGGGAGGCAAACGCAGCAAAUGGAGAAGAGCACUCGAAGAGGAAAUCAGACUAAAGGAGCAAUGAGGAAUUCGAGGAACAGGGGCAGUGAUAAUUUUGACAGAAUGGUGGAACAGUACAAGAAGAAAAUUCUCUCCAACAGCGAGAAAGGCUCCGGUAUGAGAAAAAACAAAUGGUUUGAUAACUAACCUCAUGUUAUUAUUUAGAAUCAAUUCCAAGACACCGAUUCACAGGUUUUCUGUCAUAAUUGUGUACCUUUUUUGUAUGGACUCCAUAUGUUAAACUAUUAUGAAAUGCCCUGUCGCAUAAAAAGUGUUUUUAUUGUAAAUGUAGGUUGUCUUUAUAUUAAAAUUGUGGAAUCAA